AUGGCAGGAAUCCUCCUCUUUGCGCUAAAUUCGCCUGGGACAAGCAGCGGCCCGGUGAUACGAGCGCGCCGGGACUCGAACGGUCAGCAUACUACAGGCGGCGGUGGGAUGCUGUCUCGUCUGAGAUCCAUCGGCUCGGGGUCCGCAUCGGGCGAUAUGGGCUGGAGUAGCGGAAGCGGGCCUGCUCAAGCGAGCGGAAGUGGAAGUGGGAGCGGGAGUGGGGGUGUUGCCGGGCCUUCGACGGCACAGACCUCCCCUCUUUCGGAUCCAUCGCCAUCCCGCCAGAUCGUACAUCGCUCGUACUCUGCCUCGGGCCCCUCAGGCCCUCCAUCCACCCUCCCCUCGUACCUCAACUCGUCGUCGACCUCGGAUGUCCCGAUCCCGACUUACGAGUCCGUCCUUAGCGAGACGGCGAAUCGGAUUCGGGAGAUGCGGCAGAGCGCGCUCGCUAGUGCCAAUUAUGAGUCUAAUGAAUCCUUGCAAGGGCUCACCGGACUGGCGCGGGUCAGGCGGCUAGGAGAAAUCGCGGGAUCGGCGGUGACGGAUGAUGAGAGCGAGGAGGAUGAUCCGCUUGUACCUCGUAUCAGGCGGGGUGCGCCCACGCCGAACCUGCGUCCGCUACGGCGGAACACAUUCAGCGGGACCAGUAGCGAGGCGGAUGCUGCGGGGUCUGUGCGCCAGGGACCGGCUAGGGAAGGUCCGUUGACCCCGCCGAUGGAGAUACAUGCGGAUGAGGAGGAAGUAGCCGGGGAAGAGGCGGCGGAGGUACCGGACGAACCCCUUCCUCCUGCUUUAGCGGAGGAUGACCUGCCUCCUGCGUCAACGUCCGAUCCCAAUCGGCACGCCCUGGUGCCUAUGGCAGCUGGGGCACAGAUGGAAGCUACCAUCGACCUUCCCGCGCCUCCGCCAAAUUCCCUCCCCGCCUACUCGGCCCAUCUGGGACCUCAGGAGCUCCGCCUGAUUUCCACAGUCCACCUGGACGAGACGCAUCCCGCCGCAUCCUUCUUUGCGGCGCUGGCCAACGCGAGCGUCUCGGCCGGCCCGGUCCCGCCGGUCGAUCCUCAGCGGCAACAGCCGGAAGAGUACUCGACGGGCGGAAAGAAGAUGAAGGUGUUUAUCAACAGGGGCGGGGUGAGGAUGAAUCAGACGCAUACGGGGCCGCUGUAUAUCAAGGUUGGGAGGGGCGGGCGGAUUGAGGGGAGGAUCGAGGUGGGCAAGGUGGACAUGGCGACGAGCUUGGAAGUAGCCAUCAUCGGUCUCGUCAACACAUCGUACUACGUCCGAGGGCAAUACACCCUGAUCGACACGCUCCCUCUCGUUCGGCGGCUGAUACAUCUCUACCCGACGCAGAACGGUACCACAGGCACAGCGGUCGAUCUCGGUCCGGAACUGCAGUACGGAAACGAGUCAACUCCUUCCGGCUCUGGAGCAUCCGCAGAUCCAGCAGCUGCUGGGGCAUCAGGUGCCAACUCCACUGAGGUGGCCGGUGCGGAUCCUCCAGAGUCUGCUACUGCAACCGCGGUGGCUCCUCCGCUAUCGCGGACCAAGUCUCGCCCAAACUUCCUCAAGUCGCGCAAAACCAACCCCAACGCCAAGAUCAUGACCAAGGAUGGGAUCCUGUAUCUCACUCAAGGCCAAAAGUUCGACUUUAACCUCGUCAUGCCGAAUCAGCAUUAUCGGGAUAGUAGUGUGGAACUGCCGCCGAGUUGCCAGAUCUACCAGGUGGGGAUGCAGGCGGGGGUGGAGUAUGUGUUGCGUGUCAAGAUGGGCCGGAAGGGAUGGAGGCUGAACGAGACAAUCACGUUGCCGAUCGUAUACGAGCCCCGCGCGUACAUUACCCCGCGUCGGCUCCGCGCUUUGACGACCGACGACCCUAUGAACCCCGGCUGGCGCACGAUCCGGUUGCACGGCGGCAAGCCCUCACCCAAACCCAGUACGACGACACCCGGACAGCCCGAUCCCCCUGCCGCCGGUCCAGGCGUAGAAGGCAUCCUCCUUCUCCCCUCGCCCCCUAUCCUCUUCAUCGGGCACAACCAAGCCCCGCCCCCCAUUCCUUUCCACCUCCACUUCCACUCGGAUCUCACUCUCCCUCUGAGCACAUUCGCCGACCCGCGCGAAAGCAACUUUAUCAUCCGGCUCAUGCGCGUUGCGACGUUGCGCAUCGGGACCGAAAAGGAGAUCAGGCGAAUGGAGAUUCCGAGCAAGAUUGAGAUUUGGCAAGAGGGUGGCGCGAGGGUUCGGCUGGGGGACGAGGGGAGUGUGGGCGGAAGUGGAGUCAGUGUGAGAGUCGUUGAUCCGGGGCCGGCGCCGCCUCCUGCUUUCUCGGCUGUGGCCCCUCCGGCACCGUCAAGUGCAGAAGAUGUCGCAGUUGCAGCCGCGAACGGCGGGGAUGAGGAGUUGUCGAAUAGGCAAUCACAGGAGGUACCCGCGGACUCGGCAACGGCCGAUGCUGCGGGACCAUCUCGGGCGGCAGCUCCGCCGAUCACGACUGUCCUCUCCAGUCCGCCACCGAGCAGAUCCGCAACCCUCUCUCCGACGACUACUACCCCGACCACACCUGACGCGGGUCGUCGCCGGCUAUCCUUCCUCCGCCGGCGCUCUUCGUCCGUCACCACCGCGCAGCAGGCCACACCUACCGACUCGGCCCUCUCGCGCAUCCUCUCCAACAUUCCUCCCUCCAUCUCCGAAUCGGCCGACCCUGGUCCUGCCCCAUCUUCAUCCAGCCCCACACGCGCGCCUGUACCUCUCCCCGAGCCCGCACCGCAGCCGAACCUCUUUGCGCCCCUCUCCCGGGGCUCAACGGAUGUUCACCUCCUCGGCGAACUGACUAUCCCGCACAAGAUUACAGGCACGGAUGUCGUUCGCCGGAUGGUGCAAAGCUUCAAUACGCCCGAUAUUGGGAUCACGUACGUUUUGGAGGUGGGGAUCCAGCCUAAGCGGGGCGCGGUGAAGGAGGCGUUUGAGCAUCUGUGGGGAGGCGGGAUUGUGGAGGUUGUACUGGGCAACCGGAUGGAUGGGGAGGGGGAGGGACCGACGGGCAAUGAUCAGUAA